AUGUCAGUCCGGCGCAACUACACCCUCCUUCCGUCCUCUCCUCCCUCUGGCCCUUCCUCAGCCUCGCUCAUCCCCCACCCGCCAUCCAUACCUCCUCACAGUCUGCACGCCUGGCCUUCCCACUCGCGCAACACCGAAUUCGACAUUGAGGAGAUGCCCGAUGAUACCGCUGCGCCCGCCACUUUGCAGCGUCACAGCACGGACCUCGAAGGCGUCGGCUAUGCCAUUGACGACCUCAAGGGCAAGACCGCCAUAGAAGCCAAGACCGCGCUCAUCAACCGCGCCCUCGAACAGACCGGCAUGGGUCGCUACCAGUGGUGCAUAUUCUUCCUCUGCGGCUUUGGUUACGCCCUCGACCUCAUGUGGGCCCAGGCCUUUUCGCUCGUCACGCCCCGCAUACAGCAGGAACUCGACGUGACAGACGAGCAGUACGGCGAUAUUUUCUCUGGCAAGUCGCUGCAUCCUUUCUCGGCCGGUCUCACCGUCGGUGCCUUCACCUGGGGCAUCCUCGUCGACAUCAUCGGUCGCCGCUGGGCAUUCAACCUCACCGUCGGCAUCAUUGCCGUCUUCGGCAUGAUCCUCGGUGCUCUCGACAGCUGGCGCUCUAUCUGCGCCAUCAUAUUUUUCGUCGGAUUUGGGCAUGGUGGCAAUGUACCCAUCGAUGCGACAAUUGUGCUAGAGUUUCUGCCCAACGACCGGCGGUACCUGCUGGCCGCGCUGAGCGUAUUCCAGCCCAUCGGCGUCAUCACCACGUCCCUCAUCUCCUGGUCACUCGUCCCAACCUUCGCCUGCUCCACCGCCCUCCCCGCCUGCUCCGCCCUCUCUCCUGCAACACCCGUCUCCGCGGGCACCUGCUGCACGCGCUCGUUGAACGCGGGGUGGCGCUACGCGCUCUACACGCUCGGCGCGCUGUCCGUCGCCGCGUUCUUUGCGCGCUUCUUCCUCUUCACGUUCUACGAGAGCCCCAUGUUCCUCGUCGGCAAGGGCCGCUACGCGGAGGCAUGCGAGGUCGUGCGGUGCAUUGCGCGCGUGAACGGGCGCGGUGGCGCUCGGUGUUACUGA